UUUAUGGAAUUGGAUAAAGUUCCGAACGCUCAUGACUCUAUUCUCUUCAAGUUCAUCAAACGGUACCAAAUUUUUUGGAUCUUUAUUACUUACAGUCGAACUGCUCUACAUAGUCAUUUAAUUUAUCUGAUUGUUAUCUCCAUUUGUUCUCAUGAAUUUUCAUUUACAUAUUUCUUUAUACUCUCGUCUCCACAUAUUUUCUUACUCUCUAAAAUCAGUGAUUUAUUAAAGUUUAAAAAUAAUAGAAAGUGUUUUUGCAACAAAUAA